AUGUUAGAUAUUUCCGAUCAACCAAAUAGUUUAAUGCAACUUUCUUUUACAAAUAAUACAUUAGUAAUAUUAAUUUUAAUUAAAUUUAUUUUAAAAUUAAAGCAAAUAACUAAAAAUUACAACGACGAAUCUGUUAUUUGGGCAAAUAGAGGGGGUAAAAGACCUUUAUAUAAACCAAUAUGUGGAUAUACUGGGACAGAAUGUCCACAAAAUAUAACAACAUAUAUAUUAAUUGGUGUUGGUUUGGUUUUGUUAUUGUUAGUAGCUACUUUAGGUGGAAUUGGUUAUGCUGUUCGUGAAAAAAUGCGUGAAAAAGACCGGUUAACACGUGAAUGUAUAAUUCCAUUCUGUGAAUUAGGCAAUUUAAAAGAAAUGCAAAGUACAGAAGAUGUUAAAAGUUUGGAAUUAAAUAAAAGCAUGAAAAGUUUGCAAAGCAGUCAAUCUGGGGGGAGCACAAAAUUAUCAAGUAUGGACAAUAAAAAAUUGGAAACAGAAAAUUAUGCACAUUUUUUGUAUAAUAGAGAAGUUGUUUUUGGAAUUAAAUAUCAAGUUAGAGUUAGAAUAUUUAAUGAAGAUUUAACACAAUUAAGAAAGAUAAAACAAUUAGAUCAUGAUAAUUUAAAUAAAUUUUGUGGGGUUUGUACAGAUGCACCUAUUUUGUAUGGAAUUUGGAAAUAUUGUCAGAGAGGGAGUUUAAAGGAUUUAAUUGCCAAAGAGCAAUAUGUGGGUGAUUCUUUUGUGAUGUUUACUUUAAUGAGGGAUAUAGCUAGUGGAUUAAUAGCUUUACACGGGUCAUUUGUUGGAGCACAUGGAAUGCUUUCCUCAGAGAAUUGUUUAAUUAAUGAUCGUUGGCAAGUAAAGAUUAGCGAUUUUGGAUUGAAUAUGAUUAGAGAAAGUCAACCAAUGUCAAAAAGAAAAUUAUUGUGGACAGCACCAGAAUUAUUAAGAGAAAAUAAUCGAAAAGGAACAAAAGAAGGAGAUGUUUAUAGUUUUGCUAUAAUUUGUUGUGAAUUAGUUAAUAGAGAAACUGUUUGGAAUGGAGUUGAAAGAGAAGAUGAUGUUGAUGUUCCACAUAGACCACAAUUACAUCCUCGAGAAGAAGUUAAUAAUAAUUUGUUACUUCUAAUUCGUGAUUGUUGGGGCGAACUACCAACAGAACGUCCAAGGAUUGAUCAAGUUCGUUCAAUGUUAAAGCAAAUGGUUAGGGAUGGAAAUCAAAAUUUAAUGGAUUAUGUUUUUGGAAUGUUAGAGCAAUAUGCAAGUUCUUUAGAACAAGAAGUUGAAGAAAGAACUAGAGAAUUAGUUGAAGAAAAACGAAAAAGUGAUAUUCUUUUAUAUAGAAUGCUUCCAAAACAAGUUGCCGAAAAAUUAAAAUUGGGGGAAUUUGUUGAACCAGAACAAUUUAGUGCAGCAACAAUAUUCUUUUCUGAUGUUGUUUCAUUUACAACAUUAGCUAGUAAAUGUUCUCCUUUACAGGUAGUAAAUCUGUUGAAUGGUUUGUACACAGCAUUUGAUGGGAUAAUUGACACUCAUGAUGUUUAUAAAGUUGAAACAAUUGGAGAUGGUUAUUUAGUUUGUUCUGGAAUUCCUCGGAAAAAUGGGAAUGACCAUGCUAAAGAAAUUUCUGAACUUGCAUUUGCUUUCCUACGUACCGUCUCAACAUUUAGAGUUGACCAUUUGCCAAAUGAACGUGUUAAUUUACGUAUUGGAAUACAUACUGGACCAGCAGUAGCUGGAGUUGUUGGAUUGACAAUGCCACGUUAUUGUUUAUUUGGAGACACUGUAAAUACAGCUAGUAGAAUGGAAUCUAAUGGAAGACCUGGACGUAUCCAUAUAUCAACCACAACUAAUCAUUAUUUAACUAACAUAAUUGGAGGAUAUGUAACAGAACCUAGAGGAGAAGUAAUUAUUAAAGGAAAAGGAGUUAUGGAAACAUUUUGGCUACUUGGACAUUCUGGAGAUUCGAAUAUAGCAUUUGGCGGGUUGCGAAGCGAUAUUGUCGAGACUCCAGAACCGAUUUAA